UUUUAUAAUCUGAUAAAGCCAAAAUAUAAAAAGUGUGCUACCUUCGAAAUAUUGUUAUAGUUGAUAAUCCUCUGUUGCAAGAUGAAUAAGUUAGCAGUGUUUGUUCUAUUGUUUGCUAUUGCUCUCCAGCAAACAUCAGCCAUUUUUUGGCCCAGACAGAGGAGAGAUGUUCAAGAUAUACAGAAUUUAGUUCCAGUAGAAGAGAUGCCACCGUCCAGAAAUCUUAGGAUUAUUGCCCCACCUGAAAGAAAAUAUGGCUCAUAUUCAUUGGAUGUUGGCAACGCAGAAAUGACUGCAGAAGAUGCUGCCGAUCCAGAGUUAACUGAACAAAUAAGUAUUCUAGAACAAUUUCUAGCUGACAAAGCUGUCGAAAUCCAAAAACUUUGGGCUGAAACUCAAGUUGAUUUGGCCGAGUUUUCCAAGAAGUUUGAACAGCUCAUUGAAGAGGAAGUUGCAAACAAAAUUUUGCUAGAUCAAGAAGCAGCACAGGCUCCAAAAAGAAUGAUGAUGGAGUAUAGACCAAGACAAACAAGAAUGGUCAAGAAAAAUUGAUGAUGUCUUCGCCCCAAAGACAAAGAUUGAUGUAAUUUUUGAAAUUUACUAUUAUCUAUAACUGAUUCCAAUUAUAAUAUAAAGUUAAUUCUUUUUACCACAAUUGUCUCAUAUUAUUAAAAUAAACACAGUUUAUCACUAA